AUGAUUCAAACCUCCACUCUUCCAAAAUCCACCAGCAGGAGAAGCUACAAUUAUGUUCCUCAGUGUACUUCUUCCUCCGUUCGCUCCAGCUCAACAAUCAAGGGAAGGGAAUCUUCAAAUAGUUUAAUGUACAGUGCAUCAACCAAUUCCUUUCCUCAUUCUCCAACCUCCUCUUUUUCCUCACACUCUCCGUCUUAUUCUUCCCGAUUGAACUUGUCUUCAAACUUUUCUCCAUCUUCCAACAUUUCAUCCCCUCCUCAUGUUUAUUCAAAAUUUUCUCAUCGAUUCGGAAACAAUGAUUACCAUGCUCUUUCAAAACAACGAACAGGUAUUAAUACGACCUUAGAUAAACAUCAACAGGAUAGUUCCGCUCCUUCCAAUUACACAAUUCUUUCCAAUGGAAGCUUGAAAAGAAGACCUUCAAGCUCUCUGGUCAGUAAAAGAAACACAGACAUGUUUGGAACGUAUUACACGUUUAGUGAUGAAAAAACACCCAAGUUUAUUUCUCCAUCCUCAAGAAAAGAUCUCAAUCGAAGUUUAGAUGUCAGCUUUGAAAGAGAGAGAUCCAAAUCUCAGCCAAGAUCAUUACGAAAGCAAACCUCCUCUCCUUCGCCAAAUCUUCAAUCACCUUCCGCCAAAGAACAUGGAUCAUCCAUUAAAAACCUCAUGACUAAUUUAUUUGGAAAGAGAGGACAGAAAUUCGUUGAAGUACAACCUCAAUCGUCGAAUGUUUCCUCUUUAUCUUUGUCCUCAGUGCAACCAAACAGUGAUGAGAAGUCUAAAGUUGUUCCAGAAGAUGAAGAGACUGUAACUACCAUAAUGAGUGAACAUGUAUCGUCACCGUUGGAAGGAUCGUCCUUGGAAUGCAACGAAUGCUCGAGUGAAGAUAUGCCUCCCAUACCAACUAGUAGUUACUUGCUUGGCCAUGGUUUUAACGCUGGACUGCGAAAUAUUGGUAAUACUUGCUUUAUGAAUGCAACACUGCAAUGUUUGUGUUCCAUUCAACCUAUCAGAGACCAUUUUACUUCUCCUUUUAAGGUUAAUCCAAAAAAAGAAGGAAAUUUAGCAAAACAAUUUUCAAUACUUCUUAAAAACUUAAUCACACCAUCUUCUGAAAAUGAUCCAUAUUUUGCUAUCAAUCCAGUUGAAUUUAAGAGAACUCUCAAUCAAUAUACAUCUCUCUUUAGAGGCUUCGAGCAACAAGAUUGUCAAGAGUUUCUGAGAUAUGUUCUUGAUGGAUUACAUGAAGAUCUUAAUCGAGUUGUUGAAAAACCUAAAUAUGAAGAACUCAAAGAUAUUGCUAAUGAGAGCGUCAUUGAUAAAUCAAUUCGAUGGUACAACAAUUAUAUUGAGAGGAACAAUAGUUUCAUAACAGAUCUGUUUUUAGGACAAUUGAAGUCAGAAAUUCAAUGCCAUGCAUGUAAAAGACAAUCCAUAACGUUUGAUCCUUUCUUAGAUAUUUCCCUACCCAUUGAUUUUAAAAAUCCACACAGAAGAGGAUCUAGUGGUCACUAUUCAUGGCCUCCAAUCUCAAAGCAACAUCAUGAUAUGAAUCAUGAAGUGUCAUUGGAGGAAUGUCUUUCCAAGUUUACCGAAGAAGAAAUGUUAACUGGUAUCGAACAAGUCUAUUGCAGUGCAUGUAAGGCUCAUCAAGACGUGACCAAGAAACUAACGUUUUGUAGAAUCCCUGAAGUGCUUGUAGUUCAAUUGAAAAGAUUUUCAAAUGAUGAAAAACUGUUAACUCCUGUGAGGCUGAGUGAUCCAAUCAAUUUUUCGAAUUUUCUAGCAAAAGAGGCAAGAGAACGAUUUUACCAAAAUGAACCUAUUGAAUAUCAACUAUUGGGAGUGAUUAAACAUUAUGGAAGUUUACGAGGAGGUCACUACACUUGUCAAGUCAAAAAUUCCAAUGAAGAAUGGUACGACUAUAAUGACAGUACUGUGAAAAAGUUGAGCCAUUUCAAUCCCUCUGACAGUUCUGCCUAUGUAUUGUUUUAUGGAAGAAUAAAAUAUUCAGAUUAG